ACAUUCCGGAACAGUUUGAGUGGUUUCAACAACGUUUUUACAGCCGGGCGGACUCGCUGCUCCUCGCGGCUCUUCAAAUGCACCGGUAUACGCUAUUUGGAUUUUCCCAUCAACUGGACUGGAGACCUAUGUACUUUGUAGAGGCAAUUCCGGCACACAGAAUAUGCGAAGUCUGUGGGUUGCUUACUCAGUGGACCGUCUUGCUGCCCUGUCGACACGUUGUUUGCAAAGCGUGCUACGGGCAAUGCUUUGUGAACGAGGAUCACGAAUGUCCAGUCGACAGCGUCCAGUUUCGGGAAGACGACGUUCAAUGGAUGGAGUUUCCUGUGGAAAAUCUGCUGAAGCGCAAGGUACAAUGCUGGAACCAGGAGAACGGCUGCGACACGAUCAUGAAUGCUUCAGACAUAUUCAAGCACUUUAUUGAAGACUGCGACCAUCACUCAACGCGCUGUCCCAACUGCUCAGAGCUUGUCCUGUACAGGAGUGCGUGUGCACAUCGGAGAAGUAACUGCAGCACGCAUGCAUCGUCCAACCAGGCUCGACAACUGAACCCAUCCCAAAGCUCCGUUCAGGAAGCUAUGUCAACCGCUUUGCAGACGAUAUUGCACGAACAUGUGGGAGAAAUGAAAUCUGGCUUUGACCAGGUUGUACGACACCACAAUACCUUUAGCGAUAGACUGAACGACGUCUCGCAGAUUAUAAAUGCUCUAAGGGAGAAAGUGACAGAGAUUUCACAGAAGCAGACUGAAGCCGGAAUCGUUGUUACACAAAUCAAAGAAGACUUGGCUGAGCAAGGUGGCAGACUUGUCGAAGUUGCAAACCGAAUAGGCGCUUUAGGUGAAGAUGCUAAGGUAGUCGCCGACGCAACAAAGCUUUGUCUGGAGAAUGUGGAGCGGAGUAUCUCCGAAAUAAGGCGACGCAUCGCCGCAGACGACAACCGACUGGAAAGUGUCUCACACACCGUGAGCCCCUUCGAGGUUGAUCUCAAUAAAGCGCUGGAACGUGCAACAGAGAUCAUGUUACAGAAGUUCAAAACAGACGUUUACUUCAGUGCUGCCGCAAAAGACGCGGAACGUGGCCAGAAGGCAUCGCAUGAGAAAGAGAAUCAGCUCCUUGCGCAGAGAACGCUAGGCAUAACACGCCACGCAUUUUGUGUCAAAGGAAUUAAGGCAUUGAAAGAAAAGGCGCUAUCGACAGGUUUCGCCAUAUCUCCAUGCGAACCAAUUUACCUGUGCGGCUAUCACAUCUCCACGUUAUUGUACCUGAACAAAAAUGACAGGUCUGUGUUGGUGCACCCCUGCAUUCGCCUGCAUAAAGGGUUGAUCGAUGAAUUUCUAGAGUGGCCAUUCUCUCACGAUGUAAAGCUCACUUUUAUGCAUCCGUUUUCAGAAAAACACCGAGAGCUUUUGGAUAAUAAUUCCUUUGAACUGGAAUAUUUUGGCCGGCCGACUGAUUUAAGUAAUAGAGGCUUUUAUUCGUGCACUUCAUUGCCUCUGGAGGACCUUGAACGUGAAGGAUACGUUGUGGCCGAUCAACUGUGCGUAAACUAUGAGCUUCAGCCUCGAACAGUGUCACAAAAUAUUGUCAUUUUUCAAACGUACCAUAGUGUAUUGUGA